ACUUAAGCACCGCUCGCCAGAAGAUGCGAUCAGUUGUUGUGCAGACGAGCAGCUGACCAGAUCAAUAUGAGGCCAUACCAAGUUGUUUGCAUCGUAGCAGUGGCAGCUUUGCUGCUUUUGGAGGCGACACCAGCGGAUGCGAAACGUCGCAAGCACAAGGGCUCCGAUUACCAUAAUGAAAAGUCCGAUCCCCACAAGACCAAGACAAAGACCAAGUGGUCCAGCUCUACGGAUCUGGCCGGAAGCACUCAGGUAUCCACCGAGGAGCAUGGUUACUAUGUGAAGCGUACCUAUGCGGCGCCCGGAGAGAAUGGAGAUGGUCAGAAGCGCUUGAGUCCGCCGUACUUGGCCAUUCCCAUCGCCUGGUUCAGCUGUGAGUCUGGCCAAAAGGACUGCCAGACCUCCAAUUCGGCGGCCAUCAAUAGUGCCGCCCAGUCCUUGAGCGAGGGCUAUCUGUGCGACGACGACUGCAACGAGCUCUACGAACCCAUCUGCGGCAGGACCUCCUCCGAGGUGGCCGUCUUCUACAACAAGUGCAAGCUGGGCGUGGCCAAGUGCCGAUCCCACGGCCUCUGGUCCGAUUUCGCCUACUCCGAGUGCCAGGAGAAGUAUCCCCAGGAGACGGCCUAUGCCGACAAGAAGUUCCGGUCAUCCCCGUACUUUCGGGACGCAGCCAUCGUGGAGCAGUUGAAACUGGAGGAGGAGAAAAAGAAGCUGGAGGAGGAGAAACGCAAGCUGGAGAAGGAGCAGAAGAAGCGGGAAAAGGCUGAGAAAAAGAAGAAGGACAAGGACAGCAGUGAAAGCAGUGAAGAGAAGGAGGACCAAAAGCAGAAGGACGAGGAGCAGCUCCCGCCUCUGACUCUCCAGAAACCCGUGGAAACUCCGCAGGUUCCAGUGCCCGUUGCUAUCCAUGUAGCCAUUCCCAAGCCCACUCCUGUUUUGGAGCCUGCGAAGACGACCGAGGACAUCGCCCUGCCUCCCAUGCCCCUGAAGGACACUCCCACACCCAAGCCACUGGAGAUCGCACCCCUGAAAGAGCAGACCCAACCCAGAAGCCAGGACAAUAAUAGACUAAAGUACCAUGUAGCUUAAGCUGGUAACGGCCAUAUAAAUCUCAUAAAAAGUA